AGAAGCAGUCAUUAAAACGACAAUAAAACGUCAGUUUUAGACUGAUAUAUAUCUAUUUUUUAACCGAACUGACAUAACGGACUACAAAAGCUGACCGGAAGUAACUAGUGGCAGCGUUUCCUUGUGCAGAACCGUGGAGAUGAGACUUCCUCUUCGCUCCUGUUGCAUCUUCACGAGUUUAAUCCCUCAGAAACAAACGACAGACGUACAUCGGCGAGGCUUAAGUGGUGCAGCAAUGCGUUUGGUGCAGUUUCGUCGCAGUGGUUAUGCCGAUGGCGUCAGAGUUGGAGUGGAGCAAGGCGAGGGACUAGGUGUGGUGGAUCUGAAGGCGUUCGACCCCUCUAUGCCUUCAACUGUGAGAGAGCUGCUGCAGCUGGGAGACAAAGGUCUGGAAUGUGCACAAAGAACACUGGCGUCUGGUCAGUUUGUGGUCGACAGAGCGAACAUCCAGCUAUUAUCCCCCAUUUUGGCCCCAGAGAAAGUUGUGUGUGUGGGCAUGAACUACCGAGACCACUGUCUGGAGCAGAAUGCCCCCAUCCCUAAAGAACCUAUAAUCUUCAGCAAGUUCCCCAGUGCUAUCACAGGACCGUACGAUGACAUCGUUCUUCCCCCAGAGAGCCAGGAGGUGGACUGGGAGGUGGAGUUGGCCUUUGUGAUUGGGCGAAGAGGAAAAUGCAUCAAGGAGGAAGAUGCUCUCUCCUAUGUGGCCGGGUUCACUGUGGCCAAUGACGUGAGCGCUCGUGAUUGGCAGAUGAAGCGCAACGGGCAGCAGUGGCUGCUGUCGAAGACAUUUGACAGCUUCUGCCCCCUUGGACCCGCCUUAGUAACCGCUGAUGCUGUGAAAGAUCCUCAUAACUUGGGUAUCCGCUGCCUUGUUAACGGGGACACUGUGCAGAGCAGCAACACCAGUCAGAUGAUCUUUAAGACAGCAGCGUUGAUUGCUUGGGUCUCAAAGUUUGUGACGCUAACUCCAGGAGAUGUGUUCCUGACGGGAACUCCUCCAGGUGUGGGCGUUUUCAGGAAUCCACCCGUCUUUCUUAAGAAAGGGGAUGUGGUGGAGUGCCAGAUAGACCAGCUUGGCUCCAUCAUCAACAAGGUGAUUUAAGCUCUUCAGCAGGAAACCAUGAAGGCACAUCAACUGUUCAAUAAAUUACUUUUUUUCCACACAAAUUAAAGAACCUGCAGUAAGUUA